AUGUUGGCAUGGUACAACGACGACAGCAAAAAGACUCUCAGUGAGGGUCAAGGGGCAAAUGUCAGAGAAAAAUUACCUUUUUUGCAGAUCCUCUCUCAAAGCAUUGACGAUCCUUCUUUGAUCCAACCAGAAAUCACAGUGGUUACAGCUUAUUUCAACAUUGGUUCCUUCGCCAAAGGAAGUAGUGCUAACACGUUUACUUCGGGCAAAUAUAUGCAUUGUAUGAAAGUGUUUGGCAACAUAACAAACAACCUUGUCGCAUAUACCGAUUCGAAGGAUGUGUACGAUCUCUUCAUGAACCUGAGGCGCAGGUUUCCCAGCAAUAUGACGAAAGUGUUCCUGAUAGACAGACACAACCUAUGGUCCUUCUCUUUGGCUUGUAUCUACAAGCAGCCGAACUAUCCAAGGCAUCAACCGAACACCGUCAACUGGAACUACUCAUGUGCAAUGCAUGCUAAGUUUGAAUUGGUCAUUGACAACAAAGUCUUAGCGGAGGAGCUGUUUCCAAUAAAAUAUUUCUGCUGGCUCGAUAUUGGACUCUUCCGGGAUCUUGCUGGUGACAAGAAGACCUUCAAGCUCCAGAUUCCCAAAGAAUGGGAUCAACGGAAGGUUGCCUAUACUGCAGUAUCCUGCUUUAACAAACAGACGACAAUCGCAAAUGUUAUUAAAAACAACAUGGUGUGGGUUGGAGGCGCAAUGUUUUUAGGAACACCUGAAGUGCUUCAUAACUACACGGAAGACUACAUGAAUACGGUCAAGAUGCUGUUAAAACGCUUGAUGAAUACGGAUCAGCAGGUUAAAUAUUCCAUGUACCUGACAUCCUCACAGGUUAAACCCAGAGUUCAGAUACAAACAUUCUCCCGCGAGCACAAUCCUUAUGAUUAUUGGUUCUACCUUGGGUACCUGUGCAGGGAGACAUGGUUAAAAACCCAACCUCCUGUGAAUACAACAGCCUUAUAA